AUGGGCUUACGUCAGAGGGAACGUUCAAGGAACAAAAUGGAGGAGUAUGCCAGAGAGCCUUGUCCCUGGAGGAUUGUGGAUGACUGUGGAGGUGCAUUCACAAUGGGGGCUAUUGGUGGAGGCAUUUUUCAGGCUGUUAAAGGCUUCAGAAAUGCACCCUCUGGGAUGGGCCACAGGAUGAGAGGGAGCUUGACAGCAAUCAAAACUAGAGCCCCACAGCUUGGAGGAAGCUUUGCUGUGUGGGGAGGCCUGUUCUCAAUGAUCGACUGUGGUUUAGUAAAAGUACGAGGCAAAGAAGAUCCCUGGAACUCUAUCACAAGUGGAGCUAUGACUGGAGCUAUCCUGGCUGCAAGAAAUGGACCUGUGGCUAUGGUUGGCUCUGCGGCAAUGGGUGGCAUCCUCUUGGCAUUGAUAGAGGGCGCUGGUAUUCUUCUAACUAGAUUUGCUUCUUCACAAUUCCCAACUGGCCCCCAAUUUGCAGAAGAGCCAGGCCCUGCUCCAAUGGGAUCUCCCUCUUUUGGAGACUACAGACAAUAUCAGUGAGAGAACACACUUCUCUUAUCUUUUUUUGAAUUCCUUGCUGAAGUUACCACGAUGGAGAUGGAGACCACAUCACUCGUCACACCAACUGUGUCAAAGAUGUCUAUGGACAGUAAUCAUCUUCAUUUAACUGCCUUCUGCCAUUUCAGCCUAGUCAUCUGCAUUGUUUUCACUAGGAUUUGACAUGUGAGGGAAUUGCUUAUUUUUAGCUUGUGGCGGGGCAAGUUUUUGUUUUUUUUCCUGACAGACCUUGAGUAUGGUAAGUUCUAAAAUAACACAACACAUGCUCUGUAGUGACUAAUGGGAACAGUGCAGAUUAUAAACAAUGUAUAUAUGUUCUAUACAUAAAACCUCUCAUUUUCUCCUCUGUCUUUUAUUUACCACAAGCAUCAUUUGCUUGGACUGGUCAUCUAUAUUUGUGUUUUAUUUUGUUUAUUUCUUUUCCCCAGUUUACCCUCUAUCUGGCAAUCUAUUGUUUUUAAUGGAUUUAUUUAUUCUGUUAUGUAUGAACCAUGCUAUCACAUUAUUAAUGGCAUGAUUAAAAAAAAAAAAAAAAAAAAGUAGAACAUUUUCAAAUGACAACCAAUGGCAUUGGCAGAUGGACAGGAUUAACAGAAGCGAGGGGUUGUUAAUAAUUUAUAUCUGUAUGACAGAUUAUUGUACAUUCAACGAAACAAUAAAAUAUACAACAACGUCA